UGAUCGGGGUACCAUACGCAAAACUUCGGGCCGUUUCAUCGUUGUUAUUAUUAUUUAUUAUUGCAAUUGUAAAUUGUAAUGUUAUUGUCGGCGACCGUCUCGAAUACGAAUUCCGGCGGUUGUCGGUUAUAUUUAAAAACGAAAAAAAAAUAAAUCGUAGGUAGGUAAACAUAAUUUUUUYGGUCUAAAAAUCUCACUUCGCUAUAUUAUUUGCGGUCUGUCCCGUUCAAAGCGUUCACCAGCAAGAUUAAAAUACGACUGUGACGUGUUUUCACGUCGGCUAUACAUCCAUAGAAGUACUCAUGUAAACUCUAUUGUCAAAGUAUGCUCGCCGACGAGAAUAUGGCUGAUGACUGUGCGGAUAACGAAGAACAGAGACCGGUUGCCGCUGCCGGUUCCUCUUAUAUGCUGUUGUUGAGUGCCGUUGCCAAUGAUCUAGACUACAUGCUUACGGACCUAUACGAUUCACCACCCACCACGUUGAACAGAGGUGAUGCGUUUCUUGAAUCUUACAUUGACGGUCUGGCAAGAUCUCAGGGCCCCGUGGUCAGCGGGGCCGAGGACGAAGAUCAAGAUGGCAACUUGAUCCGUGCUGAAGACAAGCAAUAUCAAGAUGGUGAAGAAUUUACCGAUAGCCGAGAAUUCAAGUUCAAUAAUUUGUCACAAGAUGAAGACGAUUAUGAAACCAGUAGUGGAUCCGUAAGAUCUGGUUCGGGGGAUGCGGCCAGUUGUGAUAUUGGAUUACUCGAACGUCUUAUACGUAGUCAUCCGAUAUGGUUUCUACCAGGAAUUCAACGGGCCGGUGCUUUUCACUUGUUGCAAGGCAAAGACGACGGGAAUUUUGUCGUGAGACAGUCCAGUCAGACGGGCACUAUGGCCAUAUCCGUUCGUUUGCCCAGUGGCAAAGGUCCGUACAUAGAACAUUAUCUCAUUCAAGCCACURCCGAUAACCGAUUAGCUCUGGAAAGUUCAGACAAUAAAUUUGACAGUAUCCCUAUGUUAAUUGCUCAUUAUGCACAGUGCUGCGAUGAACUGCCUGUACAGCUCAUGUUACCAAAAGCUAUACAAGAAGCCAAAAAUCGACAGCAACUCUCUUCGUUAGCGUUACUUGGUCAAGAAUUCUGGAGAUAUCCUAUGGCYAGUUCAAGGAGUUCUCCGACUUUGGAUAUUUCGCCAAAUGACGAACCAACAAAAAGGACAUUAAACACAUCUAUUCCCAGUAGUGCUGCCCACAGUCAAUCAAGUAGCCUUAGUAGUUUUAGCAGUGGCAAUAAUAAUCAAGARUCUGCUUUUACAGACAAUCACCUGUCUAUAGAAGAAUUAUCAACUAGUCCAGUGGAAAGUAUACAACAAGGUAAUGGGAUUCUAACAACGUUCAAAAGUUCUUCGAAAGAAGGUACACCGUCCUCUUCCGAUAACUUAUCACCACCAAUGAGCCUUGUGAGUGGUCGAACAAGACCCACGCCUCCCAAUACGUUAAAUCUUAAAUCUUCCAAUAGUCCAAUAGCAACUACRGAUGUUGUAAGCUCAACUCAUACAGCUAAAACACCACCACCWCCUCCUCCUCGUUGGGCCAAGCCUGUAGCGGCACAACAAAAUUUUACUGUAACUACUACUGUGACAUUUAGUCUUCACAAAGAAACAACUCCCUCUCCACUCAUUCAAGUAUCUUGUGGACAGUUAUCAAAGUCAACAGAUGACAGUGAAAUCAUGCCAGCAAUCAAAAGUCCAUUAGGUUCUGAAAUAACAUCCCCGAUCUCAGACACRGGAGGUGGAUUACGUUCCGGUCGCCGUACUAAAAGAAAUAGAAUAAAACAAUCUAGACACUACAGAGAAAGUGAUAUUUUAGAAACACCUAAUAUUUAUCAUAGAAGUACUUUUGCGGAUAAAGUUAGCGACUAUGAAGAUGUUUGGGGUCCUGACUCGUCUUUGUCUACAUUUAAGACUCCUUCUCAAAGCAAUAGUGGAACUUAUAAGAAAAAUACUCCAGAAGUUCCUCCAGAGAUGCCACCCGAUAUUUUGGAACAAACCACCAGUAUUCCAACCAUUCCUAAAAAUACACUAGGUCUUGUUUUACCACUAAACCAAAAUAACGAUCUCCCAUCUAUUACUGAUAGUACAACCAGUUUAUUGUCACCUGGGUCAMCGGAGACAAAAUCACCUGUUCCCGAAGACGAUAUGGCUGAAGCUAAACAAAGCAGCCCUUUUUAUGCCGAACCUGCUGAUGCCAUAAGACAAGCAGCUUUCCUACGUCGCAAGACCAAACCUUCAACAAAUAAUUUUMGAAACCGCCAUUCAGAGCCAAGUUUUCUUCAUCAAUGGCCAGCAUUAGUCGGCUGUAGCCAAUUAACUCGUAUUGAUUCUAAAGAAGAACUGCUAUCUCCUAAUGGUAAUUACUCUACCAACCAAGCAUUCUCGUCGUCCGUAGAUAAUAUACCGUUGUUGAAAAACUCCAGAAGAGAACCACUAAAAACUGGUAAGCCUGUAGAAACUCCACGUAUUGKUCCACCAAAGCGUGGUCAGGAUGGUUCAUGGGCAGUAGAUUCUAGUUGGGAGUUUAUUGGCAAUGACAAUGAAAAUGUAAACUCAUUAGAUAACACAGAGCAAAUAACAACUAGCCAACCCAAUGAAUGUCUAAGAGAAUCUCCUARUCGUAAAGGACCUACAAUACAAGAGAUUAUUUUACAAAGGUUGCCACAUUUGAGUUUGUACAUCAAAGAACCCAGUUCAACAUCUCGAAACAAUGAUAAUACUGAACUGCCUGAUCAAAAAUCUUCAGAUAGUGUGAACAACAAUACUUUGAACUUAAGUGGCUUCAGCAAUCURUCUCUUUUAUCUCAGAAUAGUGAUGACGAUACUAAAACCGAAUUUUCUGAGCCAUGGGAUAGUUCAAGGUGGGAACAUUUAUUGCCUGUCGCCAACAAAGAACAAAAUCAAGCACAUUUGAAGCCAGUAAAUCGAAACAAAAGUUUCUCUGAACGCUUGGAUCCACUUUUAGCAGUCCCACGGAUCCAAGCAUUGGCACGAAGCCGCCUGAUGGCCCAAACCGGUACGGGUUCUUCGACCCGCGAGUACGCCUUGCAGCUGGCCGCGGACAAGACCACCGUGUUUGCCAGGUCCAUCGACAAUUUCGUGUGCUGCACGGUCGAGUCCAAGGAGACCAACCCAUCGGUGGUGAUGAGGAAUGUGCGUCAGUUCAUGUCUGGCAUGAAGAACUAUCUGCUGAAACACGGUGAAAAGGAAUUCCAAAAAGUCGUGGAAAAGGAGCGUAGCCAGUUGAAGCCUACCGAAUUUCUAAACCUCGACGUGAUCCUGGAAGGCGUGAUGAAUAGGCUGGUGCUCAGGGAACUCCGGGAACACAUUUACAGCCUUCUGGUCGACGAGUACGUCAAUAACAACUCGAUCCCGUCCAUGGUCGAAAACAUACACUACGCCAAGUCUAAGAGUAUUCAAGACUUUGCUGUCCGAGAAAGUUUAAUACCACCCAAUGAGAAUGAUUUGAAAAAAAUAUCAGAAUGUUUCAAACGUCUCCAAGAUGCAUUUCUGCCAUUGGAAAAACUAGAACAUCUGCUAUCAGCYAUUGCUUUAAUAUUUAAUGCUGUUAAAAUGCAAAAUCGAAAUGCAGAUGCAUGUCUAGGCGCUGAUGACUUCCUACCACUGCUUGUAUGGGUACUUGUUCAAUGCAAUGUCCUUACUGCCGAAUUGGAGGCAGAAUACAUGUGGGGACUUUUGCACCCAUCAUUGAUACCUGGCGAGGGAGGAUACUAUCUGACUGCACUGUGCGGGGCUGUACAUGUUUUGAAGAGUUACAAGUCGUCCAUGGAAGCAAAUACUAUUAAUGGGGUAAAGACAUUGGGCUCCGACAAUACAUUGAGUUAUGAUCCACUAAAUGAACUCAAAUCUGUUCUCAAAGUUGUUGUACCCGAUGAAACCAAUGGAUCACUGUUGACUAAGACAUUACCUGUUAGACCGCACAUGACUACACGUGAUGUCUGCAAAAUCAUUGCACAUAAACUGCGUAUUACCAAUCCACAAGAUUAUUCUCUGUUCAAAUUAAUUAAUGGUCAAGAAUUUUUAUUAUCCGAAACUGAUUGUCCACAAGACAUUAAAAGUUCAACGACGGCUUGUGGCAGUCAUUGUCUGUUUGCCUAUAAACGAAUUGACGCAAAAAUAGCUUGGCCCCAUUCACCUUCUCCCUAGGCCUUAAAACUAGAUUUAAAAAAAAAUUGAUUAUUAUUGUUUAUUUAUUUUUGUGUUUGUUUUAUUUAUAUAUUUUUUGAGAAUAUUUUAUACUAUUGUAUAACAUUUUUUUCUUUGUGAUUAGACUUUUAACCUGUGAACAUUAUCUUGCGCCGACCAUUAUCCUAAAUGCUAGUCAUAAAAUUUGUGUGUAAGUCUACGUAAACUUAAACUGUAAAUAAUGUAGUGAACGCAGAAUAACACACAUUAUUAUAAUAAUCAUAAGUAUAUUAUUAUUUAGACGACAUUGUGUUCUUUUUAAUGAUGUCUAAAAAGGUUUUUUUUAAUCAUUUUAAUAUUUAUAAAACCUUUUUUCAAAGAUAUUUUAUUAUUUGUAUGUUUUAUAACUUACUUAGUUUAUAAAAAAUAAUAUUUCGGCUCAAUGACUGAUAAACUUGAUACUUUGUAUUUAUUUUAAAAAUAAUAUUUU